AUGGCCACGUCUACCCUGUCCCUCUGUUCUAGCAACCAGAGCUACGGCAGCCAUGUUUGCCUGCCUGGCUCCUGUGACUCCUGCCCCGACUCCUCCUGGAGACAGGUGGACGACUGCCCAGGGAGCUGCUACGAACCCCCCUGCUCAUCCCCCACCUGCUGUGCCCCCACCUGCUACGAGCCCACCUAUCGCGUCCCCACCUGCUGUGAGCCCCCCACGUGCUGUGCCCCCAGCUGCUCCUACACUAGCUCCUGCCAGCCCUCCUGCUGCAGCUCCUCCCCGUGCCAGGAAGGCUGCUGUGUGUCUGUCUGCUGCACCCCUGUUUGCUGCAAGCCCGUAUGCUCUGGGCCUUCUCCCUGCUCAGCCCCUCCUGCCACCAAAAAGGUCAGCCUCGGCAGCACCGUGGGGCCCUGCUGCCAGGCGGCCGGCAUGGAGGCUGGGGGUGCAGGGAAACCUCUGGCAGGAGGGGAAGCUGAUAGCUGCGGACUCCAGCGGAGGCAGCAAGAUGCAGACCGUUCUCAAUACUCGUCAAACGUGUCCUCACGCGACAUCACCGUCAUCCUGACAUCUGAGCAGCUGUUCACAGCAAUUCAAGGCCUGAUGGUUUCUCAGUUUACAGGGAAGGCCCCGCACCAGGUCUCCGUGUCCCUUCCAGGCGCAGUCCAGACCUAUCAGCUGGCCCCGGGAAGACGGGCCCAUCAGCAGCAGGACUUCUGGGCGGAGGCGGGCACACAGCAGGCCUGGCGGGAGCCCACAGGGCGGCAGAGCAGGGACACGCAGGAGGCUCGGCGGCAGCAGCUGGGCUGGCAGGAGGAGGAAAGGGCACAGCAGGAGGAGGCGGGCACGCAGCAGGCGGGCCUGCACACGGGGCGGCAGAGCAGGGACACACAGGAGGACGGUCUGCAGCAGGACGAGGAGCAGGGGCUGGGCUGGCAGCAGGAGGGAGCCGAGCAGAGGGAGGGCCCAGAGCAGACAGGGGUGCAGCAGAUGGGCUUACAGCAGACAGGGGUACAGCAGACGGGCUUGCAGCAGACAGGGGUGCAGCAGACGGGCUUGCAGAAGACAGGGCCCCACCGCCCCACCAUGGCCGCGUCCACCCUGUCCGUCUGCUCCAGUGACCUGAGCUACGGCAGCCGCGUCUGCCUGCCUGGCUCCUGUGACUCCUGCCCCGACUCCCCCUGGCAGGUGGACGACUGUCCAGAGAGCUGCUGUGAGCCCCCUUGCUGUGCCCCCUCCUGCUGUGCCCCCACCUGCUGUGAGCCUGCCCCCUCCUGCCUGACCCUCAUCUGCACCCCUGCGAGCUGCGGGUCCAGCCCCUGCCAACCAGCCUGCACCAGCUCCUGCCAGCCCUCCUGCUGCAGCUCCUCCCCCUGCCAGGAAGACUGCUGUGUGUCUGUCUGCUGCAAGCCCGUCUGCUGCACCCCUGUCUGCUGCAAGCCCGUCUGUUGCACCCCUGUCUGCUGCACCCCUGUCUGCUGCACCCCUGUCUGCUGUGAGGCCUCCCCCUGCUCAGUCUCUUCAUGCUGCCAGCAGUCUAGCUGCCAGCCCUCCUGCUGCAGCUCCUCCCCCUGCCAGGAAGACUGCUGCCAGCCUGUCUGCUGCACCCCUGUCUGCUGCAAGCCCGUCUGCUGCACCCCGGUCUGCUGCAAGCCCAUCUGCUGCACCCCUGUCUGCUGUAAGCCCGUCUGCUGCACCCCUGUCUGCUCCGGGCCCUCCUCCUGCUGCCAGCCCAGCCCCUGCUCCUCGUCCUGCUGCAGACCAUCCUCCUGCAUGUCCCUGCUCUGCCGCCCCGUGUGCAGGCCCGCCUGCUGCGUGCCCGCCUCCUCCUGCUGUGCCCCCACCUCCUCUUGCCAGCCCAGCUGCUGCCGCCGGGCCUCCUGCGUGUCCCUGCUCUGCCGCCCUGUGGGCUCCCGCCAGGCCUGCUGUGUGCCCGCCUCAGCCCAGAAGUCCUGCUGCUGA